AUGUCCACCGGCGGUCCGGGCGCUGUUCGAGCCACGGCAGCCAGCGGCCCGCGGUCCGUCGCUAACGCGGUAUGCCGCGCCCGAUGGUACGAUCCUGCUGCUCACGGAGAACGGGACCCGGCUGAUGACCCGAGCUGCAGCUGCCAGCCUUCUCCGCGCCGCCCUCCUCUCCCCGCGCCCCCCUCGGCCCCGCCAUGUAGGAUAUUAUUAUUGUGCCAAACCGGCCCUGCGCGAUCGCCCUUUAACGAGAUCCUUCGCGCUUUGGACCGGUGGUCGCUUCCACAGCUAAGCGAUACGGAUGCAAUUGCAGUAAAACUGAUGUCCGACGGACGCACCGUGAAUUGGAAUGCUACGGGAGUGACGUCUUGGAUUGGCGGUAUGUCGAUAACGCAGGACGGCAACCUGAUCGCACCGGACAAAAUAAUGACACACAUCCAUCGAUACGCGAGUCCCCACUACAAUCCUCAUGGUCAUCAUUACCAUCGUUGGAACCACGAGCCGGGGGGGAGCGAAGACCCCCUGUACGCGACCAAGACAGUCUACGGACCGGGAUACAUUGAUGAGAACCAGAGGAUUGCCAAAGAGAACGGUAAAGCAGGUGAUGACAAAGUGGCACUACAAUCGACCUGCCACGUGGCGCUCGACACGUGCAUAAAGGAUAGCGAGUGCGUGACGUCACUUACGCCGGUACUGCAGAAGUGUCAUGCGGCGGAAUGCGAUCGAGAGGGCUGUAUGGCGGCUUUGAGAGGCUUUUACAGGAAAUCUGGGGUCCGUUGGAAUACUGAGAUUGCUUUCUGUCUUUGCAAAAAAACGGAUAACAAGGAAGAUUCGUGCAUGAAUGCACAAGAGCGGUUGCAUCCGUCCUGUGCCCAGCGUCCGCCCGCCGGCUCGCCACUGCCUGCCUGCCACACCCUGGCACAUGCUUGCCGGGAAGAACCGGAGUGCAGAAUUCGACUAGAAAAUUAUGAACAAUGGUGCGCGGUGGACGCUGUUACCCAAGGUUGUGCUGGUUCUCCAGCAGCCUGUCGGGCGGCAGUAGUGGCAGUACUAGGGACCCAGCUCAGAGCUGCAUGUGCCUGUAGAGGAACUGAUUUUGCUCAGUUAUACGAUUGCCUCGGCUGGCAGAGGCUUUUGUGGCUGAAUCCUUGUGUCGUGGAAUCUCAAAGCGAUUACCACGUGAAGACCUAUGGAUCACUGCUAACUACUACGCCAUUCGACAAUGGCAUCAGAUACAUAACUAUGCCACCCGAGCCACCAAUUCACCACCGAACUACAACCCAUCACCACCGUACAACACAACAUGAAAUUUCACAAGUUGAUGUAAUGCAGGAAAACCGAGAAGAAUUAAGUCCAAUUACUACUCUGUCUGAGCAAACAGUUGGUCCGAACGAAGUAGCUCAAAUAUCCGAGCCGGUAAUCGAAACAACCGCCGCAACCACGACGACCGCAACCACCACAACCACGACAACCACAACAACAACGACCACCACUACCACAACUACAACAACCCCUCGCCCAACAACAACUCUGGAACCGACGAAGUAUUGCAUCGUAAAGAAACCGGAGAGUGACGAUCAAGCACAAUACAUAAAGAUGGGAGAAACGAGACGACUAUACAGAUCAGCAGAACUGGCAGAAUGCACGGACCUGUGCGUGUGCGAGGCGUCGCUCCAGGUGUCGUGCAAGGUUGCCUGCGUGCCUCGCGCGCCUUGCUCCUCGCGCCUGGCGCACUACUCGCACGCCGCGCCCGCCUACCAGGCGUACAGGGGCCGCUGCUAUUGCUACUCUGGCUCGUUUAUCUGUAUGAGACCUAACCCAGGAGAGUACAAGCUACCAGAGGGUGUGUACCUGCUGCUUGGGUUCAGUGCAGUGGAUGAGGCACUCCUGCGGCCUCACACCGGGCUCGGGGCGGAAGACGCCGUACGGCUGCUCCAGCAGUACUUGCAUUUUGUUCAUCAUGGAGAGACAAACUGCACUCUUACGCUAUUCAAUAUCAGCAAUGAGAAUGUGAUCAUUUCGGCCAGUGUCCCGCAAAAAGAGCAAGAUGCCCUACGAGAGGCCGGUGAAGGCCUGCUUGAUAGAGAAAAGGAGGCAUGCAUCGACGUUCUGAAAAUAGUCAAAUCUCGUAUCAACUCGCAACAUGAGGACAUAUCGUCUCAUCUACUGCUGUCCAUUUUCAAAAUCGCCGAAGUUGACGUGGUCUACCCCGCACCACCCAGCUCGGCUAUAAGCGCUAAUAAACCCCUUGCAUCCCUCUAUAUCCUAAUAGUCCUCCUAACCCUCAUGUACAAUCUCAAACAAAUCCGUAUAGUGCUCGUUAGUUCUAUACAUACCCUUAUUAUCAUCCUCUAUAAUCUCAAAGAGGUCCGUACUCUCCUAUCCCUCACAUAUAUCCUCAAUCCACCCCAGAUCUUAACUUUCAUAUACCAUUUCAUAAGAAUCCCUCUCGACAUCAAAAAUAUCGUCAAUUGUUUAACGAAUUUAAUCGACACUCCCUCGAAUUCAUUAGACGUUGUUCCUUUCUCAGAGUAUAUUGUAAAAGAUUUUGUAUCUAUUUUGGAAUGUUAUGAAUUUAAUAAGGAUAAUGUAGAUAUAUGUACGCACGCACUCGCUUUAGAUGAUGCACGACUCGACACCGAUUUAGAUAUAAUAAGUGUAUAUAAGACAAAACAUAUCAUGAAAGCUGUGAGGAUUACAAUAUAUACUUUAAUUAAACUCGUCGCUGACGCAAUUAUACCUAAAUAUUUUUCUAGAAUGUAUUUUGAUUCGGAGAUGCUUUUUGGUGAAUUAUGUUUUGGAAAAAUCGCGUCCUCUUCUUAUGGGGUUGAAAAAUCCGUUAGCUUAGGACUGACUUUAGUAGUAGUA